AUGUCGAUAACACUGAACGCGCGUUCUGAAAAAUUUCGAAAGCCCGUGAACUAUUAUCCAACCUCGCCAGCGGCAGCGAAGGACAUCGGAGAUCAAGCCGCGUACGAUUCUAGAUACGUGUCGGAUCCGCGUACUUACGCGGCCGAUUUGCCUACCGACAAUGAGUUUAAAAACAGCGAUGAUAGAGAUUCUAACGACUCUGCGUCGGUCGGCGAUACGAGCGCUAAUCUCGACGGCAACUUGGAGACCGAUAAUCGGUAUCGCGACGUAGCAGCCGACAUGAAGCAUGAAAAAUUCUUGCAAGACAUCCUGUACACCAGAUACCCAACCAACAAACGCGUGCCAGCUUAUCACGCUGAUAACUACGACGACGUUUUACGAUCGAGUCACGCGCAGCGACGAGCGCAGGAUUACGCGGUGAAAAAAAGUAAGAUCUACGACACGACCAACGAUCCGCACAACGGGCAAAAGUUGCGAGCACUCCGAGAAUUGCAACGCCGCCGCGAAAUGGCCGAGGAGUAUUACUCGCAAGAGAUCAAAAGGCUGAUCGGCGACCAGCACAAUUUGGGCAAACCGACGUCGACGGCUCGGCAGACACCCCAUCACGAAAACGCUUACUCUGGCGAUCGCGCCAAUGCCAAUAUCUUUGACGGCUUGGAACAGUGCGGCACGAUGACCACGAUAACGCGAUUGAACUGCGGCUGUGCCGAGCAAGUGGUCCGACCGAUCUUCACAACGCUAAAUGGUCGCACUCAGCGACGCAUUUGCUCGCAGGAUCAAGAGGUUCGCAUGAGAAUGUCGGCACCCAAUGCACGGUUCGUGCACUCGCAUACGGCGCCCGGGCCAAAGCUCAAGAGCAAAUCUUUCGCCGAACAACGCAGCGCCGGACAAGAACAACAGCAGCAACAGCAACAGCAACAGCAGCAGCAGCAGCAGCAGCAGCAGAGGGUUGCCUCGCCUGGCCGCAAGAUGAGCGAGUCGUCGGUCAUGUCAGUGUGAAUCCUUUUGUCUUGUUCGUCUUUCUUUUCUUGUCUGUUGAGUAAUAAAGAGUGAGUA